UUAGAUUGUUGACAGUCGUUUCUGUAAUGGGUGUGAACCCUCUUCUAAUGGCAAUGAUCUUCUUCACGAUCGUCUCUUUCUUCUCAGCAGAAACAGAGUCCGCAUCUUUCGAGAUACUCAACAAUUGCAGCUACACAAUCUGGCCCGGACUUGUGUCGACGUACUACGACACUGUCGACACCUUGUCGACCACCGGCUUCACGCUCAAGAGCGGUGAGUCCUUCAACCUCUCCGUCCCCAAAUCCUGGCACGGUCGGGUGUGGGGCCGCACACUCUGCAACGAAUCCUCCACUACCGGAAACUUCUCCUGUUUCACCGCCGACUGCGGCUCCGGAAAAAUCGAGUGCGACGGAAAUGUAGGUAACCCGCCGGCUACUUUUGCCCAGUUCCAACUCAACAUUAAUGCCACCGGCAUGGACAUGUACGGCGUCAGCCUCGCGGACGGGUUCAACCUCCCGAUGGUGGUGGUGCCUCGCGGAGGAGGCAGAAAUUGCAAUUCAUCGGGAUGCUUGGCGGACGUGAACGGCGAGUGUCUCAAGGAGCUGAGGUUAGCCCGUGACGGGAGCCAAGAGACCGUCGCGUGCAUGACCCCGUGCACGGCGUUCAAUGAUCCGAAGUUUUGUUGUAGCCCAAAAGUGUAUCUCCCGAUUUCACCCGAGACUUGUGGUGGGAACAUAUAUACCGAAUUUUUCAAACAGAUAUGUCCACGAGCGAAUACCUAUGCUUUCAAUGACCCAAGUACUUCCGUUCAGAACCAGACUACCUAUACGUGUGCGUCGGCUAACUACAGUAUUGUGUUCUGCCCUAUCAGGUACCUAGCAAUCUAAUAU